GACACGGCAGGAGCGCUGUUUACGCACACACACACACACUCACUCACACGCUCACACACACUCAGUAGGCUCAUCACCCAAGGCAACUGCGACUUCUUCUGUUUGCAUCACACGCCGGAGAGGAAUCUCUCACCGAGGAGAAGCGACCAUGGAUGAGAUGGAGGAAGAGCUGAAAUGCCCUGUUUGCGGCUCUUUCUACCGGGAGCCCAUCAUCCUACCUUGCUCCCACAACAUUUGCUUGGCUUGUGCUCGGAAUAUCCUUGUGCAGACCCCCGAGGCUGAAUCGCCACAGAGCAGCCGAGCCUCCGGAUCCGGGGUUUCCGAUUAUGAUUAUCUCGACUUGGAUAAAAUGAGUUUGUACAGUGAGGCGGACAGUGGCUACGGUUCAUACGGGGGCUUCGUUAGCGCCCCGACCACCCCUUGCCAAAAAUCACCGAACGGGGUGCGGGUUUUCCCCCCGACUGUCCCUCAGCCUCCACCGCAGCCCCAUCUGCUACAGCAACACGGCUCCUUGCCUCCUAUCCCCCGCAACUCCUGCAUCACCUGCCCGCAAUGUCAUCGCAGCCUUAUUUUGGACGACCGGGGGCUCCGCGGCUUCCCUAAGAACCGGGUGCUGGAAGGGGUUGUUGACAGGUACCAGCAAAGCAAAGCGGCCGCGCUCAAAUGCCAGCUCUGCGAGAAGAGCCCGAAGGAGGCCACGGUGAUGUGCGAGCAGUGCGACGUCUUCUACUGCGAUCCGUGCCGCCUGAGGUGCCAUCCUCCCCGCGGCCCCCUCGCCAAGCAUCGCCUGGUGCCGCCGGCGCAGGGACGGAUAAGCCGUCGCGCGAGUCCCCGCAAAAUUUCCACUUGCACGGAGCACGAACUGGAGAACCUAAGCAUGUACUGUGUGCAGUGCAAGACGCCAGUGUGUUACCAGUGUUUGGAGGAAGGCAAACACGGCACGCACGAAGUCAAAGCUCUGGGCGCAAUGUGGAAACUGCACAAGGGCCAGCUGUCCCAGGCUCUCAACGGCCUGUCAGACCGAGCCACAGAGGCCAAGGAGUUCCUGGUCCAGCUGAGGAACAUGGUGCAGCACAUCCAGCGGGCUGACGCUCCAGGGCCACCCUUAGAGACGUCAGGGUGGGGAACGCUAAAGGAGAACGGAGUGGAGUUUGAGGCCUGUUUGGUGGCGCAGUGUGACGCCCUCAUCGACGCGCUGAACCGCCGCAAGGCCCAGCUGCUGGCUCGCGUCAACAAAGAGCACGAGCACAAGCUGAAGGUGGUGCGGGAUCAGAUCUCCCACUGCACGGUGAAGCUGCGUCAGACCACGGGGCUGAUGGAGUACUGUCUGGAGGUCAUCAAGGAGAACGACCCCAGUGGUUUCCUGCAGAUCUCGGACGCUCUGAUCCGGAGGGUCCACAUGACGGAGAGCCAGUGGGGGAAGGGAACGCUCACGCCCAGGAUGACCAGCGACUUCGACCUGACGCUGGACAGCGGGCCGCUCCUGCAGACCAUCCACCAGCUGGACUUUGUCCAGAUGAAAGUCCCAGCUGCUCCCAUGCUCCAGCUGGAGGAAUGCUGCACCCAGAACAACAGCGCCACGUUGUCAUGGAAACAGCCGCCGCUCUCCACCAUCGCCGUGGACGGAUACAUCCUCGAGCUGGACGAUGGAAACGGGGGCCAGUUCAGGGAAGUGUACGUGGGGACGGAGACCAUCUGCACGGUGGAUGGACUCCACUUCAACAGCACCUACAAGUCCAGAGUGAAGGCCUUCAACGCCAGCGGAGUGGGCCAGUACAGCAAGACGCUGAUCAUGCAGACCUCUGAGAUCGCUUGGUUCACAUUCGACACGGCCUCUGCCCACCCGGACAUCAUCUUCUCCAACGACAACCUGACGGUGUCGUGCAACAGCUACGACGACAGGGUGGUCAUGGGCAACUCCGCCUUCUCCCGCGGCGUGCACUACUGGGAGAUGACCGUCGAUCGCUAUGACAACCACCCGGACCCGGCCUUCGGGGUGGCGCGGGCCGACGUGCUGAAGGACGUGAUGCUGGGGAAGGACGACAAGGCCUGGGCCAUGUACGUGGACAACAACCGCUCGUGGUUCAUGCACAACAACUCACACACCAACAGGACGGACGGUGGCAUCAGUAAAGGCUCUACAAUAGGAGUGCUGCUCGACUUCACCCGCGGGAUCCUCAUCUUCCUCGUCAACGAUGAGCAGCAGGGCCCCGUGGCGUUUGAAAACCUGGAGGGCGUCUACUACCCGGCGAUCAGCCUCAACCGAAACGUCCAGGUCACUCUGCACACCGGCCUGCCCAUCCCUGAUUUCUACACACCCGGGGAGGUGGAUCCCACCGGCUCUGUGUGCUGAAGACUCACCACUGUCCCGGGACUCCCCAGGGCUCAUCCAGCCAAUAAUUAACCAACACCCCCACCCGCCCCCCAUCCUUUCCUCGGCUCCCCUGACCGACUGACCCCAUGACCCUCUGUAUGAGGCCCAUCCAGCGCUGAGCCAUGCCUUGAUCAUACCUAAACCUUGGACACGUGGACCAUCCGCAGAACAAACAAAACUGUGCUUUGCCAUUUGUACAUCGUGGGAUCUUUACACGAGACAGAUAAAAGCGAAAGAUAGCGAAAUCCUCUCGACAGACCUGGACUGGGAACAUGAACAUUAAUGUCGUGACGGUAUCCGGUGUGUCUGCUGUGCUUAUUAAAGGAGAGAGCGUGGUUUUGUAGACGUGAAAAUGAAAAUGAAUGAGUCUUAGAAAGGAGCCGCCAUCAUCCACAUGGAACUGCACUUCUCUCUCUCUCUCACACACUCACACACACACACAUACACACACACACACACCCCUACAUUAUCCUGUAUAUUAACUCUCCCCUCCCGGUCUCAUUGGUCGCCAACAUCACCAUAUAUCUCAAACACCAGGGGGAGCACAAUUAAAAAACAACUUUCUGUGUGGAUGAAGAAUGGGCAGCGGCUGCAAUGAUCCCUGGGAGAGAGCAAUAGUGCGACUCUCAGCUGUGUUCGCGUUGUGUCGUCGUUAGUGUAAAUGAGACGCUCAUAGUGGCUUAGCUUGUGCGAACCCUCCAUAUUGUUUGUAAAAAAAAAAAAAAAGAAUAAGAAUAAUAAUACAGCAUCAGCGUGUACAUGCUAUUGGACGCCAGGCUUUCACACCGCCUCUCUCCACAGUGCAGCUCUCAAAAGGGGGAGGGUGUAAUUUUGUUUAAUAUGUAGUAUCCUGCUAAUUGAUAUGAGUAUGAACAGUGUGAAAGAUGGUGAUGAAGGUUAUGGUGACAAUGUUAGAGACAAUGAUGAUGAUAAUGAUGAUGAUGUUGACUGGAUUCACAAUAGCUGUUUAAAUAAGGUGCUAUCGCAACUUAGUUAUGGCUCUUUUACUGUAGGUGACUCAAUCCUGGUAGUUUUGUACUGUUGUUAUUGAAAUGAUCUUUUGCAAAGAGGUGUAUAGCUAAAUAAGUUAUUGAUGUUCAGAGUUUUUUCAACGAUAAUAAUUCACCAUUGUUCCUUUUAUUUGAUAUAUAGUUAUUAUUAAAACGAGAAAAAAACAAAGAGAGAUGGUCCAAAUGGGAUAUUAUUACGUCGCUCAAAGCAGCAGUUUUGGAUUUGGUUCUCAAACCGAACAGUUUCACUCAUCGUGAGAAUCCGGUUCGUCCAAAAGCAACAGCAUGAACGGUGAUGCGUCAGGGCAAGUUUUUGGUGGCAAUGCAUUUGGCCAGCAGUUUCUCCAGAUGUUGCCUUGCGACAAAAUGCUGCUAAGCCAUUCAAACGCCGAGGUUGCCCAAAAGUUUGCCUGGUGCGUCACUGCCAUAAGAUUUUACACUAAGGUGCUAUCCUGUGUUUCAGCUUCAUGGGUGUGCCUUGUCCCUUUGAAUACCCAACAGAUAAUAUAACUUUGCUACCAACUAGAUUCAUUUGCUUCAGCAGAGUCUACUGUAACAUCUGUGAUGCCUGACUUCACCCUGCUGCUACAUAUUUUUACUAUAGAAAAGGGCAAAACUCAGCGCUAGUUAUGUUUCCUAUGGAUGUAACCACAGUAUUUAAGAGAAUUAUACAGUCAGGUAUGGCAAGGUGUCUUUCCUCUUUUCCGAUUCCUCUGUGAAUUUUUUUCCCUUUGGGGUUACACUGAUUGUAAAUCAUCCAGGACUGAUCCCACGUGGUUGGUAAAUGAAAUGGCUGUGCAAAGUAAACUAUAGCUACAGUUUCCACUACAGUAUGGCAUGUGCUUGGGGUGCAUCUAGAUUAACAGAGUUAAACCAGACAAGGCCACUGCGGUGCUUCAGCAGACAGCAAGGCCUGCUGCUCUGCCUGCUGCAAGGCUGAAUUCAAACAUUUGAUUUGUGCAACAGUGAAUUGGUCAUUUUUCAAGGUAAACCUUUUGUCUGGCUGUAAUUAACACCGGACUCUCUGUGUGUGUGUCUCUAAAAUCUCCACAAUACAAAAGCAGGCCAUUAACCAGCGGGUCACCGAACAGGGAGAGCUUCCUUUGGCUCAGACGCGGAGACGAGGACGGCCUUUAUCACAGCAUUACACAACCACAGAUUCCAGGUCAAAAACAGACCGGGCUUUAUCUGACAAAAUAACAAACCACUCAUUAAAAUGAUGUCAUUCUCAACACAUCCAUAUAGUUUGGGAUGCCACACGUUUCUGUUACUUUUCAGUGUAAUUACUGAAUAUAUUCUGUGUCAGUGUGUGACGCUACUGACAUAAUUUACUGAAAAUAACAUAUUAUGGGUUGUUGAACAUGCGUGCGCUGAAAAUGUUAUCCUAUUUCUUUCCAACAGUGUGUGAUUGUAACUUUUAUUUAUCAACCAGCCAAAUACACCUUAAUGUUAUAAAUGAUCAAACUAGAUGGUGAGGCCCGGGGAAGAUUUCAAGUCUAUCAUUCAGCCUCUAAGCCCCUCCAAGGCAAACUUUUAUGGAUUAUUAAAAAAACUAAACGGUCGCUGGGCGACACCGGAUGCUAUUUCUCCCAAUGUACAGGUGUGUGUGUGUGUGUGUGUGUGUGUGUGUGUGUGUGCUAUCUACAUUAUAACCUCAUUUUAACUCCAAAGUGAUUCUUUUUGCCCUGUUUGAGGAUCCAGCGUGGAAUGUCAUGUUCUGUUAUUUACAACGAUGCUCAAAUAUGUCUAUGGAGAUUUUUAUGAAUAUAAUAUGAACAUUAUUACUAUGAUUUUGACACUUAUUAUGAUCACCCUUGUUAUCAUGCUAAUUAUAUAUGACUAUCAUGACCAUAUUACUGCUAUUAUUAUGAUUAUUUGAAGUGUAAUAUGAGCUUCUGUGUUUUCUGUAUGUGAAAUAUUCAAUAAAUAGGUGUCAAUAUGA